AUGCUGUACGUGGUUGGCAUUGAUAGCGCCAUGCUGUACGUGGUUGGUAUUGAUAGUGCCAUGCUGUACGUGGUUGGCAUUGAUAGAUCCAUGCUGUACGUGGUUGGCAUUGAUAGAUCCAUGCUGUACGUGGUUGGCAUUGAUAGCUCCAUGCUGUACGUGGUUGGCAUUGAUAGCGCAAUGCUGUACGUGGUUGGCAUUGAUAGCUCCAUGCUGUACGUGGUUGGCAUUGAUAGCUCCAUGCUGUACGUGGUUGGCAUUGAUAGCGCCAUGCUGUACGUGGUUGGCAUUGAUAGCUCCAUGCUGUACGUGGUUGGCAUUGAUAGCGCCAUGCUGUACGUGGUUGGCAUUGAUAGCUCCAUGCUGUACGUGGUGAUCGUCCUAUGGAACUGUGACAAGCCCCUCCCGGCCAAACACCGCUGGCCUGCCACAGCCGUACCUGUCCUAGUCAUAGAUGGGGAGAGCAAGGUGAUGAGCAGUCGUUUCCUGCCCUAUGACACAAUACCAACAGACGCCGUUCUGAGUCUGGACGAGGAUACAGUUCUCUCUACUACUGAGGUGGACUUUGCUUUCACGGUGUGGCAGAGUUUCCCAGAGAGGAUUGUGGGAUACCCGGCCAGGAGUCAUUUCUGGGACAGCAACAAGCAGAGGUGGGGUUACACCUCCAAGUGGACCAACGACUACUCUAUGGUCCUGACAGGAGCUGCUAUAUACCACAGAUAUUACCACUACCUGUAUACCAGUUACCUGCCGGCUAGUCUGAGGGACCUGGUGGACCAGCUGUCUAACUGUGAAGACAUCCUGAUGAACUUCCUGGUGUCAGCUGUCACCAAGCUGCCGCCCAUCAAGGUCACCCAGAAGAAACAGUACAAGGAGACUAUGAUGGUGCAGACCUCUAGAGCGUCCCGGUGGGCCGACCCAGACCACUUUGCCCAGCGACAGAGCUGCAUGAAUAAGUUUGCCAGCUGGUUUGGCAGCAUGCCCCUGGUGCACUCUAAUAUGCGUCUGGACCCGGUGUUGUUUAAAGACCAGGUGUCCAUACUGAGAAAGAAAUACAAGGACAUAGAGAGACUAUAACCAGCCUGAUCCUCUGUGUCUCCAUGGUGGAGUGGGGAGGGACAGAGAGAGACUAGAACCAGCCUGAUCCUCUGUGUCUCCAUGGUGGAGUGGGGAGGGACAGAGAGAGACUAGAACCAGCCUGAUCCUCUGUGUCUCCAUGGUGGAGUGGGGAGGGACAGAGAGAGACUCGAACCAGCCUGAUCCUCUGUGUCUCCAUGGCGGAGUGGGGAGGGACAGAGAGAGACUAGAACCAGCCUGAUCCUCUGUGUCUCCAUGGUGGAGUGGGGAGGGACAGAGAGAGACUAGAACCAGCCUGAUCCUCUCUGUCUUCAUGGUGGAGUGGGGAGGGACAGAGAGAGACUAGAACCAGCCUGAUCCUCUGUGUCUCCAUGGUGGAGUGGGGAGGGACAGAGAGAGACUAGAACCAGCCUGAUCCUCUGUGUCUCCAUGGUGGAGUGGGGAGGGACGGAGAGAGACUAGAACCAGCCUGAUCCUCUGUGUCUCCAUGGUGGAGUGGGGAGGGACAGAGAGAGACUCGAACCAGCCUGAUCCUCUCUGUCUUCAUGGUGGAGUGGGGAGGGACAGAGAGAGACUAUAACCAGCCUGAUCCCCUGCUGCCCCCUAGAAGGACAGGAGAGUAGAGGGACAGAGAGGGACUACAACAAGCCUGAGAACCCUGCUGCCCCCUAGAAGGACAGGAGAGUAGAGGGACGGGAGACACACAGAGACCCUCCCAGAGAGAAGGGAGGAACAGGGGAAGAGAGGAGAGGACAGGGCGCUGUGAAGCCAGGACACCACGGUUGACCCUCCCAGAGAGAAGGGAGGAACAGGGGAAGAGAGGAGAGGAGAGGACAGGGCGCUGUGGAGCCAGGACGCCACGGUUGACCCUCCCAGAGAGAAGGGAGGAACAGGGGAAGAGAGGAGAGGACAGGGCGCUGUGGAGCCAGGACACCACGGUUGACCCUCCCAGAGAGAAGGGAGGAACAGGGGAAGAGAGAAGAGGAGAGGACAGGGUGCUGUGGAGCCAGGACGCCACGGUUGCGUCUUCCACCCACACUCUCCAUCUUUGUACGCUGUUGCUGGUGCCAACAGUGGUAACCGUGACAACCCCAGGCUGUAUUUUGGUAGGAGCUGUACACAGACAGAAAACUAGUUCAUGCACAAAUGACAA